CCAACACCCCUUUCCCUGAACUCUCCCCCCACCCCUUUCCUUCAUCCCUCCCUUUCCCUAACCCCGUUUUCUUUCCCCCCAGGAGACAAAGCCUUUGCGCAGUUCCUGACGGACGAGAUCCAGGAGGAGAAGAAGAUCCAGAAGCACAAAUCUCUGCCCAAGGUCUCCGGGGGGUGGGAGCUCGAGGUGCACGGCACGGAGGCCAAGCUGGUGCGGAAGAUCGCGGGGGAAAAGAUAACGGUUACAUUCAACAUCAAUAACAGCAUCCCACCCUCGACUGAAGACGACACACAGGAGCAGCAGAAACCUGAUGAGCAGGAGCCUGAACUUACAUCAACUCCAAACUUUGUAGUGGAAGUAAUAAAAGAUGAUACAAAACAGACCCUUGUGCUAGACUGCCAUUUCCCUGAAGAUGAGAUUGGACAUGAAGGAGAGGAAGAAAGUGACAUUUUCACAAUUCGGGAGGUCAGCUUCCAGCCCACUGGAGAAGCUGACUGGAAGGACACCAACUACACCCUCAACACGGAUUCCCUGGACUGGGCUCUCUACGAUCACCUGAUGGAUUUCCUGGCUGACAGAGGAGUGGACAACACCUUUGCUGAUGAGUUAAUAGAGCUCAGCACUGCCCUGGAGCACCAGGAGUACAUCAAAUUCCUUGAAGACCUUAAAAGCUUUGUCAAAUGUCAGUAGGUCAGGCUGGGAAACUCAGCCUCAAGCGUGGGUAUUCCACAGUGCUGCUUCAUCCAGCAAUACCCAAAUAAAUCUUCACAGUGGAUACAGAGAGUAAGUAAGGAAGGCGGAGAAGGAGGAUUCUCACUUGGAGUUGGGGAGUUGUAGUGAUGGUGCAGCCCCAAUCAAGUUCUCCAGUGCUACAGGCCGGAGUUGCCUCGCCCUGCAUGGGGCUUUUUGUACAAUUAAGAGUGAAUGUGAAGAAUAAAAACUGUUCAACAUAUCACUGAAAA